AUGUCGGGGCCUGCCCUGGAAGUCGCAGCCGCCAAAACGGCCGAGCAGGGUCAAGUUCCCGUCCUCGCCGCUGCCGUUCGGGGCGACACCAAAGUAUCCGGCGACUCCAUCCACGCCGCCACGACCGCUGUAUCGGAUGGAGACAAUCAGAGCAGUACCAUGUCGGGCAAGACAGCGGCUGGUGAUGCCACUUCACCAGCCUCGGGCUCGGGCUCAGGUGGCUGGUUUCAUUGGCACGAGCCUGGUACGAGCAAGGCCGAAAAGAAGCUGAUCUUUAAGCUGGAUUGGUUUCUGCUGUCUUACUCGUGCCUGUGCUUCUUCAUCAAGCAGUUGGACGGCAACAACGUGACCAAUGCGUACGCGUCUGGCAUGCAGGAGCAGCUGGGAUUCGGACCGGGCAAUGAGCUGUCGUGGAUGAACACGUAUUUCAACAUUGGCCAGAUCAUCGGUGCCCCUUUUGCCAACAUGAUUAUAACCGUAGUGCGCCCGCGCUACUGGCUGCCCGCCUGCCUCAUGACCUGGUCAGCGUUCGUGCUGGGCAUGUACCGAUGCGAAACAGCUGCUCAGUUCUACGUCCUCCGCUUCUUCAUUGGCUUGUUCGAGGGCGCCGCUUGGCCCGGUAUCACCUAUACUCUGGGUUGUUGGUAUCGCAAGAGCGAAAUGGCGCGCCGAUCUGCCCUGUUUGUCAUGUCCGGCGUGUUGGGUCAAAUGUUUUCGGGUUAUUUGCAGGCUGCCUUGUAUACGGGCAUGGAUGGCAAAGGAGGUCUCGCGGCGUGGAGAUGGUUGUUCAUCUUUGACUUUAUUCUCGCCGUACCUAUCGCCAUCUAUGGGUUGUUUUGCUUCCCUGAUACUCCACACAAGACGUCGGCUUGGUAUCUCAAUUCCUGGGAGCGUGAGAAGGCAGUGGAGCGCAUCGACUCCGAGGGCCGCAAGCCCAUUGGCAAGCUAGACUUGUCCGUCUUCAAGCGCAUUUUCACGUCAUGGCAGGUUUAUGCCUUUACGCUGGGCUACGCACUAUGGUCGCUCACGGUUGGUUCCUACGUGAUGCAAUAUUUCACCUUGUAUCUCAAGGCGACCAAGGAGUACACGAUACCGCAGAUCAACAAUAUUCCCACGGCCCUGGGCGCCGUCAAUUUUGUCACCAUGUUGACGACCGGCUUCGUGUCCGACAAGAUUGGUCGCCGAGGCCCUGUGUGCCUGGCUGUCGGUUGCGUCCUCAUCUUCACCUAUUCCAUAUUUACCGCGUGGAACGUACCGCAUCGCCUGCUCAUGGCCGUCUUUAUCCUCAACGGUGUAUACGGCUGCUAUACGCCACUGCUAGCUGGCUGGGUCAAUGAGUGCUGCGGGGGCGACCAACAGAAGCGAGCGUUUAUCCUGGGCUUGAUGACCUCGGUCGGUGGCGCCGUGGUCAUUCCCUUUCAACAGCUCCAAUUCCCCAGUUCACAGGCGCCACAGUUCAAACAAACUCAUGGCUGGCCGAGCGCACUGGCUUUUGUGAUUGCCUUGACGUGCUGGACGGGACUGGGUAUACCCCUCUUACAGCGCAGAAUGGAGAAGCAAGCCAAGAGAAAUGAAGCAGAGCAUGAAGCUUGA